AACCCUCAACAUUUCAAAAGUCACAAGAAGUGAAAAAUGGAAGAAAAGUGACAAACCCGUAAAUCAACAAAUUGAUAAGUCGUUAGAAGAAAAAGAACUAGAGUUAUCAAAUUCAGUUACAAAAAUAAAAGGUGAAGAAACAAAAGUUCGAAAUGCUGACGUAGCUUUAUAACUACGUAGUUUAUAACUUCGAAUUGUAACUUUCUGAUGAUAUAUAUGUGGAGUCAUGUACUGGACAAAAAUCGCUCUACAGUUGCGGAAAAGAGUGUCGAGAUGGCGUCGGUACAGCAGAGACGCGUGGCGGAAUAAAAGGACACGAGGCGUAAUAGAGAGGAAGAAAAACGAUGCUAGCGACAGAAAUCAAUACGAAAGUUGUGCACAUGGUUCGAAGUAUGCGUAGCGCAGGUGCAGUGAUUAAUUUCCAUACCAUUGUCGGCUUAGCCACUUGUAUAGUUAUUGCUAACGAAAAAAUUGUUUUGAAAGAAAACGGGAGUAGUGUCAAAUUCACUAUCAAAGGGUGCCAGAGUAUCUUCAAAAGAUUAAACGCUGUAAGACGUAAAUCAACAUCUCUAAAGCCUUUAAAAGCCCCUGGCUUGAUUGAAAUCAGAUUUUCAUUUUACAAGAAAAUUAACGAUCAAACGGUCAAAAGCAAGAAUGGUUCCAUUUCAGUUUCAGUGUAUCGUAAACCAACACACAAUGACCAGUACCUGAACUUCGAAUCAAACCAUCAGAAAUCUUGCAAAGAAAGUGUCAUAUCUUCAUUACUGAAUCGUGCCAACAGCGUAGUCAGUGAAAAACAGGAGAGGAAAGAAGAAUUUCGACAUGUAAGAAAUGCAUUAAUCGCAAAUGGAUACAGUCAAAAAGUCAUCACGCAAGUAGAAAAUAAAAUGAAGAGAAGAUGCAACGGAGACAACAAGAAAACAUCAGAGGAAUUUAUCGCAUCACCUACCCUUCGUACCAGGUACCAGCGAGAUCCUUCGUCGAGUUUUAAGACAACACAUCUCCCGAAACGUCGCCUGCUAAACUAUCAUGUUCAAGAAAUGAUAAACUUUCCACAGUAAUAUGAAUACUGAACAGACAAACCGAAAUAAUAUCUUCAAAAAUUAACGAUCUCGUUGGGUGGUUCAAAGUUACCAAAAGAAUUGGUAGUUAACAUCGACCAAGCUUCCCUUUCUUUUGUGCUUAUCAGCUCAUACACCUUGGAGAAAAAAGGCAACCAAUAUGUUCCUGUAUCUGGUACAAAUGACUAUGUGCAGAAUUUAUGUCACUCAAACCAAAAAACAUUUGGCAAAGGAAGGUACCAGUAUUGAGUUGCUAAAAAAAAUCCUGUUUCUUUAUAUUUAAAAGACAGGAGAAAAACAAAUGAUAAUUAUUAUUUUGUAAACUUUUAAAUUUAAAAUCAUCAAUAAUACAUUGAUGUGUUCAUUAAGCCUCUCUUUUAUAUAAUAAAAGUAAGGGGUGCGCAAAAAUUAAGUGUGCGUGAAACCUAAGUGCGCGAAAAAAAAGCG